AUAGAGUUAAUCAGUCCUUUUCGUUGGAUAUAGGAGUCUGCAGAAUUUAAUGUCUAGUGAAAUAUUUCGCUUUGCACCAAGGCAGCAGUCUUAAGAUGGUGACCAUCUGGAGUGAGACUGCUCUCUUCACUAGUUAACCAUGUUCCACAACCACAACCCAUGACUGUGAGGCCUUAUGUAAGCACAGAUAACUAUGUCUUUAUCUAACAAGGAUAUUUACCACAAGAAGUUUUCUGCUGCUAUUUCGUGGAUGUACGACUUGAGGGAUUUGUACCUUAUGCCUUAGCUGAGAUUUAAAAAAAAAAAAACCCAGAAGAAAAAGACGUAACCGAAUCACCUAGCUUCAUUGUGUAUCUUUGUUUGCUUUGAUUUGAUUCUGUCUGGAUGUACUUAUAAAAGUGUUCCUUUAUGUAUCAGUUUGUGGAUAAUUCGCCUUUUUCGCUGGGACACUACACACACCUGACAAUCCCUUAUGAUACGAAAAGACGGGGAGCGUUCAGGUAGGCGACCCCUUUUGUCCACCUUUGUCGGAAAUAACCGACACAUGUUGCAGGAGAUACGCGACAACCUCAGUCACUUGAGAAAACAGGAAGGGGGCAAUGCCGAUUUGUCGAGUUUCAAACCAGAGUUAUCCCAAAGUACACCAAAUUUGUGUGACAAAAGUGGUGGCAGAAUGACACGAUUGGACAAAUGCCACCAGAAGGCGCUGGCGGACAUCCGCGACAGUUUGCGACCGUACCAGACGCCGGGCAGCUCGGGCGGUCAGGCCGCCGGCGACACCGACAUCAACAAAACCAUGCUCUUGAACCUUGUCAGCUGCGGAAUAGAUGAGGAAAUAGCAAGUCGUGGUUUGAAGAUGUGCAACAACCGGAGUGUAGAGAUGGCCAUCGAGUGUAUUCACCAGCUGCUGUUGCCAGACGGAGGCAAGAACGGAAUUAACCGACAUACACCAGGUUAUAGUGGAUUUAAAGGGAAACAAAAGUCGAGUUUCGAUAUGAACUUUGGCCCCAGCAGCCCAGCAGCUUCCGACACGAACAGUAUACGCUCUGACAGCCCAAGCCUGUCCAGUAUUCAGAGCAGACCGUACAUACUGAGUGAGGUGUCCAAACCUGUUGUCAAUGGUCACCAGACACCACCACCGGUUCCUCCUCGAGCUCCAAUAGCACCCCCAGCAACUCCCCCUCGAGGUCAGACAUCCCCGACCCCUGUGUCGCAACCACAGUCUGACCUUGGGAUGAACGGUGGACAUUCUGUUUCGGUGAUGUGCAACCCGGGCCCCACGCAGACCACACAGGGAGUGGUGCCUGCUGGCCACGUGAAGCAGAUGAUCAUGCAGAUGGCUCAGCAACAGAGUCAGAAUCACAUCCAGCAGACACAGCAGCAGCAGCAGCAGCAGCAGCAGGCCCAGGCUGUACAUACUCAACCCAUCCAGCAGCAGCAGAAUGUCCAGUGUUCUCGUGGGCAGCAGCAACAGAUCCAAACCAUCCAGCCCUCGUACGGGCAGCAGCAGCAGCAGACUCAGCAUAUGCAACACGUCCAGCAGUCUCCAGGGCAGCAGACGCAACACGUGCAGACGUCCCAGCAGGGCAUGUACCGCCUUCCGCCCAGCUAUCUGUCCUCUCAGCAGACUGCUGGACAGUCUAACGGCGUGGCUGUGAUAGCUCAACGCGGGGUCAGUCCGGUCACGACGCUGGCCAGACAGCCGGUGAUUGGUCAGACACAGACGGUCCAGAGCAUGCCCGUCAGUCAUCUCAAAGGCUUGACGAUAUCACAGAAUGGAAACGUCACCGGAGGAAUUGUCAGUUCCGGCAGCCACAGGGUCACAAUAAAUCUACCGCAUGCACAUCCGCCACCUCCGCCGUAUGGUCAGGGGCGACAGUUGCCCACGGUGAACAUGCAGAGUAACGAACAGUCCCACAUGAUAUCUCAUGUAACGGAGUACCGGCCUGUGAACGAAGUGUGUGUCAGCAGAACAAACAAUGUACAGAAAAAGCUGGCAACUCCUCCAGUGUCUGCAACCAUGCGAGCCUUCGAUUCGAGGCAUGCACCCAUUAUCAUGCAUUCUGUGAAGAGUAAGGAAGUGCAGAAACCUGUGCCUCAGACGGCCACAGCCCCGCUCUCACCACCCAACCAGACAAUCAGCUCAGCUGCUAGCUUCAUAUCACAGGUCCAGGCUCAAACGUCAUCCCCCCUCACUUCAUCAGCCCAGCCGGUGACCUCAGCUGCAGGCAGCUAUAUAUCACAGGUUCAGACGCAGAUCAACUGUCCAUCACCAGCUCCCGUGCUUCCUCAGUCAAAGAGAAAUGUUCAGAUUCAAAUAACGCGACACCCAGUGGGUGGUGGCCAGUACACCCAGGAGCAGCUGGCUCAUCUACACUACCAGCAGCAGCAGCAGCAGCAGCAGCAGCAGCAGCAGCAGGUUCCCACCAUCCAAAUCCAUAUAGGCAACAAGCACGGGUCACAGCACCCCUACUCUCAGAAUCAGUCGCCCAGCGUUCACGUUCAUAACAUGGCCUACAACUACGACUACUACCGGUCGACAUCGGACACGCCUGGAUCCACACCGCGCUCUGACUCACCCGUGUCACGGGCAACCAAUCAGUCGCCCUCUGUGUUAUCAACAACGUCGACACCAUCCACCAGCUCUGACAUUCCUGAAAAACCACCACCGCCCUACUCUGCUGGCAUGUUUCACGGACACUUACCUCAGGGGCAGCCUCCAAUCCCCCCGCGAGUUCCACUCCAGCCCCAACACAAACUACCCCUCAUGUCUUCACACGUGCACUCAAAGGCACCCCCCUUGCCUCCGCACGUGACUUCCCACAUGUGCUCCACAUCGGGCCAGCAGUCGGGCAUGGCGAACUUUGUGUCCAGCUCUAGCCCACUCAUCAUGUCUUGUGUGUCGUGUAACCCGCAGCACGCAGUGGCGCCCCCCACAUCGUACAACACGCAGCACCACACGGGGGCCGACUGUUCUAGCUGUCAUCACGUCUCGGAGCAGGACGAGACGGACACAGAGACGAUUUCCUCCGACACGAGCGUAGGGCAGGAGAAACACCGGUGCCUGUCACCCAUGCCCGAACGCAGGCCUCAUGCACGGGAACGAGACCGGCUGAGGAUCGACACAAAGGUGCGCAAUUACUCGCCUCAGGCUUUCAAGUUCUUCAUGGAACAACAUGUGGAGAACGUCCUCAAAUCUCAUAAUCAGAGAAAUCAGAGGAAAGUCCAGCUUGAGACAGAAAUGUCGAAAGUAGGUUUGUCUGAAGAAGCUGCUAAGCAGAUGAGGAGAAUGUUGAAUCAAAAAGAGUCGAAUUACAUUCGCUUGAAGCGAGCGAAAAUGGACAAGUGUAUGUUUGAUAAGAUCAAGACUCUGGGCGUGGGCGCAUUUGGGGAAGUUGCUCUGUGUCGUAAGAAGGACGUGGGGACGCUGUACGCGAUGAAGACGCUGCGUAAGAGCGACGUGUUGAAGCGUAACCAAGUGGCGCACGUGAAGGCGGAGCGUGACAUUCUGGCGGAGGCGGACAAUGAGUGGGUGGUGAAGCUGUAUUACUCGUUCCAGGACAAGGACUACCUGUACUUCGUGAUGGACUACGUGCCCGGCGGGGACCUCAUGGGACUGCUGAUCAAGAUGGAGAUCCUGGAGGAGGCACUGGCACGCUUCUACAUCGCGGAGCUGGUGCUAGCCAUCGAGAGCGUGCACAAGAUGGGAUUCAUCCACCGUGAUAUCAAGCCCGACAACAUUCUCAUCGACAAGGACGGGCACAUCAAACUCACAGACUUCGGACUCUGCACCGGAUUUCGAUGGACACACAACUCCAAAUAUUAUCAAAAAGACGGCAUGCAUGCACACCAGGACUCGAUGGAGGUGAACUGCAGCCUGGACGAGCGCUGUAAGUGUGAGAUCCUCAAACCGCUCGAACGGCGCCGACAACGCGAGGGACUGCGCUGUCUCGCUCACUCGCUUGUGGGGACACCCAACUACAUCGCACCGGAAGUCUUGCUGCGUCAAGGCUACACAUCAUGCUGUGAUUGGUGGAGUGUGGGAGUGAUUCUGUUUGAGAUGUUGGUCGGACAUCCACCGUUCUAUGCAUCCACACCAGCCGAGACGCAGUACAAGGUUAUAAACUGGCAUGAGACUCUAAAGAUUCCCCAUGAGAGUGAGCUGUCCCCAGAAGCAAGCGACCUCAUCCUGCGGUUAUGUUGUGAUUCUCAGGACCGACUUGGGCGCCAUGGGGCCAUGGAAGUCAAGAAACACGCGUUCUUCUCAGACAUUAACUUUGAUGGUUUGCGGAGACAGACUGCCAAAUAUAUACCAACCAUUAAAUACGCUACUGACACAUCAAACUUUGACCCUGUCGACCCAGAUAAACUCAUAAAUGGUGAUUCAGAAGAUACAAAGAAAAUUGACUCUAAAUACGAAAAUGGGAAAAAUCCCGACCACCAUGCGUUCUUCGAAUUCACAUUUCGACGAUUCUUUGAUGACGGAGGUCAUCCAUAUCCAAUUAUGCAGGACCCAGAGUCGAAUGCCCCUGUUUAUGUAUAGCAUAAGGGGCAUAACUCUAAUUAUUGUGAUAAUAUUUGAUGCCUCAAGUGCCUCCAAAUACUGACGGUUAUGGACUCACUGAUGACUCCAAUGUGAUCAAUACAUGUGACCAUGUAUUUGUCUCAUCCAAUAAUUUUCGUCUCGCAUAACUUGAAAGAAUCCUGUCUUUCAUUAAAACAUAAUAAGCAGGGUAACGUGAUGUUUUCUUGGAAUAAUACGCAGUUGUUGCACCGAGUAUGACAAUAUUUUAUAAACACAAAAUAUCAGAUACAGAAAGGAUAUUUUUUCAAGAUAUUUAGAUGUUUUUUAAUCUACCCGGUAUUUGUAUGGCUAUUUUUAAUAAUGAAUUACAAAGUUGGGACUGAGAGGUCUAAAUAUGGACACUGCUAUUUUUCGUGACAUGAAGCCGACUAAUGUGUUCCUGUAAUAAAUGCGAGGAUAAGUAACCUGUGGACUCCUUCAAGCAAAAGAGAAAAACAGCUGGAAUUUAUUCUAAAUUACAGUAUCCAAUAAUAAAAAUGCCUUGGUGCAGAACAAAAUAAAGUGGAACCAUCAACCAUGAAACGAACACUAGAAGACUGAAUGUGAUUUUCAGCUAAUUUGUUCUGUGUUGCUUUGAUUGGCUAAUGUUAAUUGUUCCUCCAUCAAAUGGAGAGCUCUGCAUCCCUAGUGGCAGCCAUGUUGUAGUUGCCUCCCCACAUCUGUGAGAACCUGUGUGAGUUGCGCUGUGUGACACGUGAGACGAGCUGGGGGAAGUUCAUCUGUAAAUAAGGACAUUAAGCAGAAGGUGUUGAAAUGCUCAAUAUGCGUUCACGGUUCUUUCCCAGCCUGUAGGUGUGGCUGAUCGAUCACCCAUUUUGCUUGUUGUUGAAUUCACAAUACACCAGCUACACCCAUCGCUUUGUAGAUAUUCUGUGGCAUUGCCCCGUAAAGUGGGGCAGUCAGAUAUUGCCACCAUUGUUAUGUUUUACCUCCAAGGUUUCCAUGACAAUGCUGUGAAACACACUGUCCAAAAAUAGGUAGAAAUACCUUACAUCAAAGGGGCAUUUAUUAAAUUCUAUAUUUACCAUGACAAUAGUGUUACAAAACACUCCAGUUAAAUAAUAAAAAAAUAAAAAAAUACCCUAUUACUUGUUAUUAACAGUUAUUAAAUUGUAGUUUUCAUGUCGGAACGAUUCAUGGGUUAAAUUAUAGAAAAACCCCUGAAUUACAGACCUAACAAUUUUCUAUGGGAUUCUCCAGUAUUAUUUGUUUUAAAAAUAGUAUGCUACCAGGAAAUGUGAAGAAUUUUAUUAUUAAAACUAAAAUGCAUGUUUGUAAUAUCUUACAGCUAAAAAUUAAUCAAAAUAUAAUUGACCCUUUGACAAAACAAAUUAUUGAACAGAUAUGUUUCAGACAUGUUGAUUUCACUGUUUGGGUGACUGUUACACUGAAGUUUAUGAACUUCACUGAACAGAUGUGUUUCACAAUAAUGUUCAUCAACUUCACUGAACAGAUGUGUGUUAGUGGUGUUGACCAACUUCACUGUUCAUGUGACUUUCGCUGUGAUGUUCAUGAACUUUACUGAACAGGUGUGUGCUUGACAUUGAUGUUCAAGAACUUCACUGUAUGGGUCAUUUUGACAGUGAUGUUCACCAACUUCAUUGUACAUGUGACUCACAAUUAUUAUGUUCAAGAACAUCACAGAACAGAUGUUUCAUACUCUGUGAUGUUCAUGCACUUCACUGAUACAUGUGUUCUUCAGUGAUGUUCAAGAACUUCAUGCACGGGUGUCUGACAGUGAUGUUCACAAACUUCACUGACAGAUGUCCUUCAGUGAUGUUCAAGAAAUUCAUGUACGGGUGUCUGUUUGACAGUGAUAUUCACCAACUUCACGGACAGAUGUCCUUCAGUGAUGUUCAAGAACUUCAUGUACGGGUGUCUGUUUGACAGUGAUGUUCACAGACUUCACUGAACGGCCGUGUGUUUCACAGUAGUGUUGAUUGUAUAUAAGUGUUCUCUGACGGGAGUACUCACGUACGACUGUACAGAGUAACACGACAAGGAUCUGUAUGAAAGACAAUAUCCCUCAAUAAAAUGUAAUAUUAAC